AGAAGUAUAAGUUGGAACAAACUUUGUUGUAUUCAUGCCAGAAAUUGAUCUAAAGUUGUUUGGAGGUAAUAUGAGAUUGGGAAAUCAUGUAGAGGAAAGACAUAGACAUAGAUAUGAAGUCAAUCCUGAAAGAUAUAGACUCUAAAUGAAAAUGGGGUAAUAUUCUCUGGAAAAGAUAAGUAGACUGGUUAAAGAAUGAAAGUAUUAUUUCAAUAUUUAUUUCAAGAUUCUGGAAUUGCCAAAGAAUUAGCAUCCAUUUUAUGUUGGAGUUCAAUAUCAUCCAGAAUUUACUUCCAAAAACUUUAAGCCUAAUCCAUUAUUUGUUAGUUUUGUAUCUGCUGCUGCAAAUGGAGAAUAAAGAAAAUCCAAGAUAGAUAUAAAUUACAAUAACUAAAUUGAGUGA